CUACACUGCCAGAGCUGACUUCAUUUGCUGGCUCAAUCCUUUCGCGUGUUUUUGUUAUUGCAUCGCCUAAUUUUUAUGAAAAAAGUUGUGAAAAUCAAUCAAAGUGAAUACUACAACUACAAAUUGCGCAGGAAAUCUAUUGGGAUGCUAUUCGGGAUUUGCACGUAGUAUUACUAUCAUUGGCAAUGGAUUCUCUCAAUAUCAAAAUGGAGGUACCGGAUCUGCCACUUCCGGAUCACAUCUCCCAACUUGGAGAGGAUGGGCUGGGAAUUAUUUCCAACUCGGAGUUCUUGGCAAACGGGAACGGUUUGUUUCUGGGUGAUACGGACGAUGUCGACGACGAUGAUGAUACCAUCGUGGUACAUAUGGAUCUACGCGAGAAUCUUUCUACGUUGAGGGGACUGGUAGAACAACGAAUUGGGGUAUCAUUGAAACAUUACGAAUUCUGGCUGCAGGACACUCAGAUGCUGGAAUCGCACAAGAAUCUGGUUGAUCAGUGUGUCCAGGGAGAAGGUCUGGUGCAAAUUAACGUCCAAGUCCAAACAUCGAAGCGUCGUAUAAAUAUUGCCGAUGUUUUAAAACCAACGGACGAGGUGUUGGAAAGCUAUCAACAGGAGUUGGAGCUAGCCGCAGCCGCGGCUCAGGUAACAACGGCUUCGAGUGCUAGUGGUUCGGAAACGAAUUCUUCAGCGCCAUCAGUCGCUGCUCCAGCGAUUGCGAGCGCACACACUGACACCACACCGACACCUAAAUCACAACAGCAAACAUUCAAGGAAGAACAGGAAACUGCUUCCGCUGUUGCAGCGAUUAUCAAUUCGGCCAAUGCGGAAGCAAACGCAGAAAAAGUGGCAACACAGCCGACGGCCGGAAAGGUGACUCCCACAACGAACGGUACGGUCACAAGAACGUCUGCCAAGUUGGAAUCUCCAACAAUCAUUGACGAUGACGACGAUGAUGAUGAGAUGGGCGAUGGAGGACAAUCGGCACUGCGCUGGGUUUGCGAUACGAAUUUCAAGCGAGACCAGCAGCGGUUGAACAUACCGGACGAUCCGAUCGAGUGGACUGUAGCCCAAGUCAAGCACUGGGUUCAGUGGGCCAUAAGGACUUUCCAGCUGACAAGUAUCAAACUGCAGGACUGGAGUAUCAGUGGAAAGGAGCUGUGCGAGUUGGAUCUUGCCGAGUUCAAGCAGAAAGUGGCAAGCGAUCCGGGCGAUUUGUUCUGGACUCAUCUGGAGCUGCUGAGAAAGUGUAAAUUUGUAGCGGUCGUGCAGAAACACAGUGGCGAUGGGGAUGACCACGACGAAAUGGCAAUAUUGCGAAAGGUGCCGAGAAGUAACAUUGGAAAUGAAACAAGCUAUUGUGGCAAUCGUAGUGGGAACAAUGGACAAAUUCAAUUGUGGCAAUUCUUGCUGGAAAUACUCACAGACAAGGAACAUCGCGCGAUUAUUCAGUGGAUUGGCACCGAAGGUGAAUUUAAAUUAUGCAAUCCCGAACUGGUGGCCCAGCUGUGGGGUGAACGGAAGAAUAAGCCCACCAUGAACUAUGAGAAGCUCUCGCGUGCACUUCGUUACUACUACGACGGGGAUAUGAUCUCCAAGGUACACGGUAAACGGUUCGUGUACAAGUUUGUCUGUGAUUUACGAGAGCUUAUCGGAUACGAUGCAUCCGAGCUGGCCGCUCUCGUUAACGAAGGACCCCCGAUUGCGAGCGAUCAGUUCGAUUUGAAGGGCUUCGAUAUGGAUUUCGACUAGAGAGAGCAUGGUCUAUUUUCUUUUUUAUCAAUUUUUCGAUAUUAAUUCUCCAAGAUGAUUAUCAAGAUGAUGUUGAGUUGGAUUUAUUGACAUAGUUUGCAAACGUUGGAUGUUUUACUUUCUUAUAUUACAUUUAGAGGUAUAUACUAUAUAUUAAUAAAAAAUUAUACUCAAACA